AUGCUCCCCUUUGCGCUGACACUUGCUGCUGGUGCCGCCUGGUUUGCUGCACCCGUGUUGGCGACUAGCUGUACUGCCUUUGAUUCAAACUUCAAUCUCUACGCAUUUGGCAUAAAUGGAAAAGAUCUCUCGUUUGGUGCACAGGACGCAUGGCUCAAUUCUCCCAAGGGCACGCCGGUCCCAACCACAGGAGGACGGCCACCUUUUGACGGACCAAACACCCAGUGCUUCACCUCCGAAUAUUUCAACGCCAUUUAUUUCAUCAACGCCGACAACUCGCAGCCCAACGCGAUCCACAUCUUUGACGCAACUACGCAGACUUGGAGCACUCAGCAAACUACUGUUCCCAAUGGGCUGGACCCAACUUCCAUGGUUGCGAUCCUUGACCACGAUACCAACGUAUUUUUCGCCUUCUCCAAGGGUAAUCUCUAUUCAGUAGAAAUGCUCGAGCGCAAGGCUGCCACUCCGGAUCCUGUUGCAUGGGGCGUAACAAACCCACCCAACUUUGACGCCUCGAACUAUAAACCUGUCAUGGCUCUGGCCCAGAACCAUAUUCACUUUUUGGAUACCGAAGGCGAGGGCUUGGCGCGGAUCUUUGUUAUUCACUUCGCUUACUGGCAACCAGAGAUUCAGUACUACGCUCCCGGGAACGGCGCUGGUACUUUCCCCAAGAAGCAUGGCCAAGUCGCGUCCUUCUUCACUGGUGAUACUCAGGCCCAAAAGAAGUGGGCGUUUGUCCCCGAUGAUCUUUCUGGCACAUACGUCAGCGACAUCAACUCGAACACCACGACUGUCUUGCCUGGCCCUCCUGCCUCUACCGGUUUGCUUCCAACCCAGAGGUCUCAUGGGGGCUCUGUGCAUCUCCUGGCACUUGUUUAUUUGUCUCCUGCCAACGAGCUGCACUACAUCGGAUUGAUCAGAACAAUAUGGCUGCAUCGGCUGCCCCGAGCUUGUCGCGCUGCUGCUGCUGAUCCCACCAGCACUGCCUCUGACGCUACGGGGACUGCUACUGCGACCGCGAGUGGUAUGACCACGAGCCGCGCUACUAGCACCACUUCGGGAGCUCCAUCAGCAGUUCUACCAGUAAGUCUACCAAUGGUGCAGCAUCGUUGA